GCUUUCUUUCCCAAACUAAAACUUUUAAAUCGAGGUUUAUACAUUAAAUUCGUUAUUUUCGUUUCGGAAUUCGAUACGGGUACAAGUAGCGAUUGAAAAAAUGUUAUUGAUUAAAAAAGUUACGCUAAUAAUUGCGAUAUGUUUACUAUCGUGUUGUUCCUUUUGUAAAAGUGAUGCCGCAUAUCCUGACGACACUUACAUAAAUGCAUUGCAAAACUCUCAUAUAAGUGAUACGGAUUCCGGCAGUGAUUUCGGAGGGUACAACUAUUCACCACCCAAUGAUAUUCAAUAUUUGCCUCCAUCAACACCAGCUCCCGUUUACGGUCCACCAGCACCAAUUUAUGGCCCACCAGCUCCAGUUUAUGGUCCUCCACAGACAAAUUUUUAUAAACCACUCCAAUUUCCACAUCAUCCUCGAGACCAGUUCACACUGCUAGAAAAAUUGAAAACAAAAGUAAAUUUAUUUACUAUUGGGAAAAUAAUCUUGAAGUUACUAAUCUUCAAAAAGAUUAUUAAAUUUAUUGGCGUUAUUUGUCUUCUGUUGUUCCUGCCGAAAUUAAAAGGAUUAAUUAAAGAUGACAUGGCUAUGGAUGAGGAUAGUACCGAGAGUAAACAAGUAGAAACUGAUAACAAUGCUUUGGAAAAGCGCAUUGAUGAUAUUUACGAAUUUGCAUUGAAUGCUAUUAAUAAUUUUCCAGACAAUAUAAAAUUCGAUAUUUAAAUUAACUUAUUGAUAUUAAUUUACCUAUUUAUUUAGUUAUACAAAAUUAAAGACAAUUUGAAGUUUUUCAAAUCAGUAUUAAUGAAAAAUUA